AUGAAAUUAGGAAUACAAGGAGUUGAAUAUUCAAUCAAAUCAAAUCAAAUUGUACACCGCAAAAGGGAAAAUUUCUUCGUCUUUGAUAAAUGGCGUAGUAUUUUGAAACUAGAUAGAAAAGAAUUUAAAAAAUACGAUAAUGAAAUACAUUCUGCUGCUGCUGCUGUUGCUGAUGCUGCUGCUGUUGUUUAUUGUGACUAUGCAACUUCCGGUCGCUCCUUAACAUUUAUAGAAGAAUAUAUUGUGAGAGAAAUUUUGCCACAUGUUGGAAACGUUAGCAAUCCGGUUAACGUCACAUCUUUACAAUCUUUAUUAUUCAGGAACGAAGCGAAGGAAAUAAUUAAAGUUUGCGUUAAUGCGAGUGAUGAUGAUGUAAUUACCCUAUCAGGGAUAGGAAAUAACACGCCCGUAAAAAAACUCAUACAAAUAAUUAAUUUAAAUAAUUCAGAGCCGCCGAUAGUAUUUUUAGGACCAUACAAACAUCAAAAUUCAAUUUCACCCUGGGUUGAUAUAGGAGCCAAGGUAAUAAGAAUACCCGAAUGUAAAGGUUUAUUAGAUUUAAACGAUCUUGAAAAUCAGUUGAUUGCCCAUCAAAAUUCCGGACGUCAAUUAAUAGGAUGUUUUUCUGCUGCCGAUAGCGUCACGGGAUUUUUAGCCGAUGAUAUAGCAACGACUCUACUCCUACAUCAACAUGGAGCUCUCGCAUUUUGGGAUUAUAGCAGUGCAGCACCUUUCGUUCAAUUGGAUAUGAAUCCUAGCUUGCCCGGAGUCGAAGAAAGCACCGUACACAAAGAUGUUAUUUUUUUCAACGGCCACAAAUUUAUCGGAGGAGCACAAGCCCCCGGAAUUUUAAUUGUUAAAAAAUUUAUUGUUAAAAACUUCAAUUCAAAUAAUGUCAUUCCUUCAUCGACUGUCGCGAAUUCUAAUAAUAAUAAUAAUAAUAAUAAUAAUAGUAAUUUUAACGGUACAAAUUGGUUUGAGGAACACGCAGCAGCAACUCUUGUAGAAGAUGUUAGAGCCGGAUUGAUUUUGCAUUUAAAAGAAGCUGUCGGAGUACCUGCCAUCAUGUCUCGGACUGAAAGAAUCACUAGAACAGUGCUGGCGCAUGUGAAAAACAUACCCGAGUUUAUACUACUCGGAAAUCAUUCUUCCAGUUUAAAACGUCUUCCAGUUUUUUCAUUCAUGGUUCGUCACUCUCGGGGAAUGUUCCUUCAUCAUAAUUUCGUCUGUGCCGUUUUAAACGACGUUUUCGGAAUUCAGGCUCGCGGAUUUUCGUCGGAUUCAAAUUCUCACACGUUAAAUUUUAUGGGAAUCGAUGAAACGCUCGCGAACGAAUAUAAAAAAAUUCUUUCGAGCGUGCGAAAAAGUGGAGAUGCCGAAAAUCAAGAUGAGUUGGAAUUUUUAAGGCCCGGCUUUAUAAGAAUUAGUUUACCUUUUUGCAUAAGCGAUGCCGAAUUAAAUUUUAUACUUGAAGCACUGAAAAUGGUCGCGACGGAAAGUUGGAAAUUGUUACCUCAGUACACUUCGAAACCUGCAACCGCAGAAUGGAGACAUCACUAUAACUCUUUCCUCAAAGACAGAAAAUGGCUGGGGUCUUUAAAAUACACGGAUGGUAAAUUAAUUAUUCCCGAAAGGAAAAUUUCUGCUCAAGGUACAUGUCCAGCAGAUUUUGAAGAAUGUCUUCGCGUCGCACGGUGUAUUUUUAACAGAGCUAGAAUGAUUGCUCAAAAGUAUCCGUUUACGGCUCAAAAAUUUACAUUUGAUUCAUCGAUCGAACCUUUAAGAUGGUUUAUGCUACCCAACGAAGCACACAAUUUACUAAUUGGAAACUCGCAAAAUGUCAGACACAAAACUCCUUUCGAUCCGAAUCGGUAUAAAUUGUUAAAAAAUUUCUCGACUGCGGAUUUCAAUAAGGUAUUGAGCGAAGAAAAUUUUGUUGUUGAAUCAAAAUCGGAAAAAGUGGGAAACUACGCGUCCGACGUUAAUGAUAUUAUUUAUUCGCCUACGAAUGAAAAUGCGUCUUUAGUUACGAAUUUGUUAGAUUGUGGAAGUGGAAAAACAAACGGUUUGAAUCACGGUUCGGAAGCGAAAAUUUUAAAUUUUUCACCGGCACCGGAAAGACAAAAUAGUUUUUCUUCGGAAAUGUCCAGUUCGGAUUGUCCGGAUUCAAUACCUAGUCAGCAAUCUUCCUGGUACACGUGUACAACGCCAACGCCAACAACAACAACCUUAAACAUCCCCGUCACGAAUUAUUUUGAUGGUUACGGGUAUUCGCAACAACAAUCACUCUCACCUCAUUUACUCAAUCAAUUCGAUAAUUAUUGUUCAUCUCAAGUAAUUCAAAACAUUCAAAACGUGCCUCAAAAAAAUUCGUAUUCGAAUUUUUCCAAUUACGACGGAUCUAGUGAAAAUUCAUUUAACAUGGAUCAGUUUUGUAAUUACAGUAAAUAUUCUGCGAAUUCUAACAACUGCCGAGGAGGACCCUUUACCGCGGGUAAAUUAGAUCUUCAAUAUCCGGCCAAUAAAGUACAUUUUUUAUUAGGGAGAAAUUGUGCCACCACUCGUCAAAGAUGUAACAGUCUUGGCUCUUCUCUUAUAAUGAAUCCUCGAAGUCGCGGUAAUUCCGGGUACAGUUGUCGAUCAUUGACCGACGGAGACACGAGUUUAAAUUUAAGCGAAUGCAGUCUGAGUAGCAACGAAGACAUUCAAGCAUACGUUACGGAAGUCACAAAGGAAUUGGCAACGGAAAUAAAAUCGGAAAUACGUGGAGUCAUAUCCAAAGUCGAAGACGUUCUCUCCGAAUCCGUUGAAGUUGAUGGAAAUUUGUACAAUUCAUCAUCGGAACAUCGAAAUUCAAAAUGUUACGAUCUCAGAAUGGAUAAAUUAGAAAGGACGAAUUCUCUUCCUUCGGCAUCGGCGAGUGAUAUAGCACAAUAUUUAAUGGGAGUUUCGAAAGAAAUGGCCGAAGAAAUGAAAAGUCAAAUCAGGGGUCUCGUGAGUUCGGUCGUGUCAUCGGAUUCAUCGCCGCUACACGAGAGUCAGGGGAAGAAAAACGUGUUGACGAAAUCGCAGGAAUCGGAGAGGGAAAGUAGGGAAGAAAAAAGGGAAAAAAAUGAAAUUAGCCAGACGAUUAGCCACGAAAGUAUUUCUCAAUCUUGUGAUAGUGGAAUUAAUUUAAAUUAUUCUGAUUUUAUGAUAAAUAAUAGGAAAAACUUUAAUAAUAAAGAAUUAGAAAAAAAUUUAUGUGAUAUUUCUAAAAAAAAAAAAAAAAUUGAAACGAUGGAAUCUUUUUUAAAAAAUGAUAAUAAUUUUCAAAAUGGCAGCCAUGAAUCAUUAGAAUAUUUACAGAAUAGUAGAAUCGAAAAUGCCGCGGAAACUACGACAUCCCGGUCAUCGAAAAUGAAAACCAAUGAUGGUUAUAAUAUCGGAAGCAAUUUUUCUUUCAGCAAUUCUUUAUUCGUAGACAAUUCAAACGAUGAAAAAUUUAAUAAUAAAACAAAAUGGCGUUGUCCGACAAAAGCCGUUUGGAAACCCACGGUCAAGGCGCUGAAAGAGUUUGAAAUGGUACACGAUGGAGAUAGAAUCCUUAUUUGUAUAUCGGAAGGAAAAAAUUCACUGGCCGUUCUUCACACUCUUCAACAAUAUAGAUUUUACGUCAUGUCGAAAGGAAUGAAAUUCGAUUUGGGAGCCGUUAUUUUCGAUUUAAAGUGUUCAAAUAUCAACGUCAAAUCAUUAUUAUACUAUUUGGAAAGUUUAGGGAUUCCCUGUUAUUUCGACGAAGAAAAGGUAGAAAAGAAUCGUGACGUCAGCAAGGCUUCAUCUUUUAACACGUGUUGGAAAAUAAAACGUAGAAGACUUUAUUCUGUGGCAAAGAGGAAAAACUAUAAUGUGAUUGCAUUGAGUCAAAAUUUUGAUGACGUAGCCGAAAGUUUUCUAAUAUCGACUUUUCGUAACGGAAAACUCAAAGCCAUGAAAGCUCAUUAUUUUCUAAUCGGUGAAAAAAUCCGAAUAAUCAGACCGUUUGUCUACGUGAGAGAAAAAGCAAUAAAAGAAUAUACGGAUAUAAUUAACGGUCCAUCUUUUCAAGAAAAUUGUUCUUCCAUGGAACAAAUAAGAAGUAAAGAAUUUCUUUCUUAUCACGAAAAAAUAUUUCCAAGACUUUUUAACAGUUUAACAACAGCCUUACAUCCUUUAAUAAAUCGCGUAUUUGAAAACGAAACGUGA